AUGGUAUUCGAGAGAAAAGCUAAUGUUACUGUCCAUGGUGGGCAACUGUUGCAAUUGAAGCAUGAUUCCACAUUUACAAAGACGCCAAUGGACGUCAAUGUCUACUUACCACCGCAAUACAAGGACAGUGGUUCUAACAAGAUUCCUGUGUUGCUCUAUCUAUCUGGAUUGACGUGCACGCCUGCUAAUGCUUCUGAAAAAUCCUUCUUCACAUAUUUUGCAUCUAAAUAUGGGUUCGCCCUAAUUUUGCCAGACACGUCGCCAAGGGGAGCUGGGGUCCAAGGAGAAGACGACUCCUGGGAUUUUGGAACUGGUGCAGGGUUCUACGUUGAUGCAACAACUACGCCAUGGAAGGACAACUAUAACAUGUACUCGUAUAUCUUGAAAGAGUUGCUGCCAAAUGUGGGAGAAGAAUUCCAAGGUAUUGAUGUCGUGAAUCAAUGCGCUAUCACGGGACAUUCAAUGGGAGGAUAUGGUGCCUUGAUGUUCUAUUUGCGAAACCCAGGUAGAUUCACCUCUGUCUCUGCAUUUGCACCGAUUGUCAAUCCUAGUGUUGUUCCAUGGGGUGAGAAGGCGUUUAAGAAUUAUCUUGGUGAAGAUCUGACUGCUUGGUAUGAGUAUGAUCCAUGCCAUUUGAUCAAGGAAUACAAGAGUGUCAAUACAGACGAGAAGAUUGUCAUCCAUGUUGGUACAAAGGACGUGUUCUAUUACCGGGACCACCAACUAAGAUGUGAAAACUUAGUUGAGGCCAGUAAGGGCACCUCAAUGGAAGGAAAGGUUGACUUAAAAGUUGUUGAAGGGUAUGACCAUUCGUAUUACUUUAUUUCCACCUUUGCCGAAGAGCACUCCAAACACCAUUUGAAAUACUUCAAGUCAAAAUUAUAA